AUGAACGACGCCCGCAAAAUUUCUCUAAAAGAUAAGAUCAAACAAUCUCUCUGCUUCUCAUGUUGUUUCACCGGCCACCGCGUUGAAACCCUACGCUCCGAAUCAUCCUCCACCUCACCCGGCGACAACAGCAACACGCAGCGUCCUCUGUAUCUCAUCGGUGCAUCAUCGCAAUGGAUUAAAUCCCGUGCUUCCGUUGAUCUACCAGAGAUUAAAGAUAAGUGCCGGAACAUAUUCGGUCGAAUCGGAUGCAGUAACGCCAGACAAAAUCACCGCCGUCGUCGCUCCUCAACUGAUUUCAGGUACGAUCCUCUCAGUUACGCGCUCAAUUUCGAAGAGGAUUCUUAUGCGAACCUUGAGGAUGAUGCUCCCCUCAAGGAUUUCUCGAUGAGGUUGCCGUUGUCGCCUCCGCAGUCCUCUACCGCGGAUCAUCAGCCGAAGCUACACCUAGCCGCCAGCUCGUGA